AUGUCUUCUCGAAAACAAACCUUGAAAGAGACGCAAGCUACGCAGACCCCUUCGCGAUAUGCGCCGUCCACACCCCAUGCGAUCCGCGCCCUUCAACAACGAAGCGGAGCCAAGACGCGCUCAGUUCGCAGGAGGAGGGCAUUCAGCGAGACCGUGCGACCCGACUCGGCGAGAGGUAUCUUGAGACAGCUAGCUAAGAUUACUGCACCCGCCAGUAAAAAAGUAAUACCUACACCUGGAACUGUGAGGGGAAAAGAAAACAGAGCGCCAUGGGUUGAAAGUCCGCUGAAUGAGGGGGAUGUCGCGCAGAAUGCCAAAAGACCACGUCUGGCCCUGGACAUUGACGAAAGUCUGGAGAGCAUUGAAAUGCCUCAACCAACUGAGGACGAUGACGAGGACAGCGAACUCCCAGCCGCUCCUACGCCUUCAAUUCUGCCAGAUGACGACGGCAAGCUAUACAAUCUGGAUCCAACAUUUACAUUCCGGUCUCUAGAUUACGGGAGGCAAACACAUUCGCCUGAACCCAGCCGCCGUAUGUCUAGACGUUCCUUUCCUGCGUCAGAUCCUGUCGGACAGGUCAGCUUUAAUGGCGGAGACGAGGAAUCUACGUUCCUAUCCGAGAGAGGCAGAAGGGCGGAAACAGUCGAACCAACAGAAAAUCUGUCACGUUACGACUUUGGGAUGAUCGACAUGGAUGGUUUCCAUUCGGAGCUCGAAAUCAGAAGAGAGUCGCUUUUUCAGGGCUUUCCAGAGAGUCUGGAGAAAACCAACAAAGAUUUCUACACACCUCUUCGGGAUGAGGGAGGGGAAACUGAGGCCUUGAAGGGCCUCGAGGAUCUUCAGAGAUCCCCAUCCAUAGCCGCACCUGACGAGAGCAAUUUACACAUCCCGACCUUUGAUGACACAGACUUCCAACUGCCGAUUCCGGAAACGGAAACAACUUCAAAAUAUGCUCAGCGCGCUGGGGAGGCAAGACUCGUCGAAGCGUCACCAUCAGGACACGAUGGCCAUCAACGAAAAGAAAGUCCCGAGCCAGAAGCGGACCCAGAAGCGGACCUUGAAUAUGGAGCUCCUCUUGAAGGCUCUGUUAGGGAAGAGGCCCCACGACCAGCGCCUCAACAUACCCGUCGGAAGAAAUUAAAGUUGACUCGACAAGGGGAAAUGGUACCGUCCUUGCCCAGAAGCCUGAUUAGACGGGCAGCCAUUGAAGCACAAGCCCGGCUCGGCAAUCGUCGGCCUAAACUUGGAAGGGACCACAUGCAAGCUCUUGAACAGGCGACCGAAUGGUAUUUCGAUCAAGUCGGCGAAGACCUGGGAGCUUACUCAACCCACGCGCGGCGGAAACGCAUCGAUCAGAGUGACGUCCUAAUGCUGAUGCGUAGGCAACGGUUGUUCCAAGUUGAUGGAGAGCUUGUGAAAGCUGCGAAAGAGUUGCUUCCCAAGGACGUCGCUGCUGGCUUAAAUCUCGAUGAAUUAUCGGAUCAAUGA